CCUCCAUGCUCUCUUCUCAAAAACUUUCCUGGUUUUCUCCUCACGCUACGGGGCCUCGGGACAGAAACGUGUCGCUAAUAUCAGGGUUGGAAGAAAUGAGCGUCAAGAUGGAGGAUCAGCGCAGACCGCUGGGUUUCACCCGGAUGCCGAGCAUCAUCUUACACAGCAUAGAGUGUGAAGACAUGAGCGUCAAGAUGGAGGAAGAGAUGGAGGAUCAGCGCAGACUGCUGGGUUUCACCCGGAUCCCGAAGAUCAUCCUACGGCGGAUAGAUCUCCGUCAGUGCUGCGUGUGGAAAGAGGACGGGGUUCUCAAUGACCUCAGCAACCAGGAGGGCAACUCCACUUUAAAACAAGAGGAGCCCGAACCUCAGCAGAUAAAACAGGAACCAGAACCUCUGCAGAUGAAACAGGAACCAGAACCUCUGCAGAUGAAACUGGAACCAGAACCAGAACAUCAACAGCUCAAAGAGGAAGAGAAGCAACUCUGCAUCAGUCAGGAUGAAGAGCAUCUGGUGCUGAAACAGGAGACUGAUGACAUUUUGGUGAAUCCUCUUAAUGUGCAAAUAAUCCACAAUGAAACAGAACCACAGAGGAACCAACUCAUCUCUCAUGGCUCUGCUGAGGAUGAGAACCAGGAUCAGGAAGGAAGCAAUUCUGAGGACUCAGGAGAAAAGAGAGAUGAAAAACAGAAACGUCAGAAAUAUCAGAAAACCAAACAGCAUAACGGUAGAACUGAGAGUUCAAAACAAAAAACACACCAGAAACAAUUCUCUUGUAAAAUCUGUGAUGAAGCCUUUUCUCAAAGUGGUUUGUUGACCACACACACGAGAAUUCACACUGAGGAGAACCCUCUAACAUGUUCAGCUUGUGGAAAAAGUGUCGGAUGCAAGUCUGAAUUACUUCGUCACAUGAGAAUUCACAGAGGUGAGAAACUUUUCUCAUGUGUGACCUGUGGAAAAAGCUACAAUCGCAAAUAUAAAUUGAUUUGUCACAUGAGAAUUCACACAGGUGAGAAGCCUUUCUCGCGUGUGACCUGUGGAAAAAGCUUUAAAAGAAAAAAUGACUUGCUUUGUCACAUGAGAAUUCACACAAGUGAGAAGCCUUUCUCAUGUGUGACCUGUGCAAAAAGCUUCAAAGUCAAAUCUGAGUUGCACCGCCACAUGAAGAUUCACACAAGUGAGAAGCCUUUCUCAUGUGCGACCUGUGCAAAAAGCUUCAAAGUCAAAUCUGAGUUGCACCGCCACAUGAAGAUUCACACAAGUGAGAAGCCUUUCUCAUGUGCGACCUGUGGAAAGAGCUUCAAAUGCCAAUCAUAUUUCCGUCGUCACAUAAAAAUUCACACAGAUGAGAGACCUUUCUCGUGUGUGACCUGUGGAAAAAGCUUUAAAAUAAAAAAUGUCUUGCUUUGUCACAUGAGAAUUCACACAGGUGAGAAGCCUUUCUCGUGUGUGACCUGUGGAAAAAGCUUUAAAAGAAAAAAUGACUUGCUUUGUCACAUGAGAAUUCACACAAGUGAGAAGCCUUUCUCAUGUGUGACCUGUGCAAAAAGCUUCAAAGUCAAAUCUGAGUUGCACCGCCACAUGAAGAUUCACACAAGUGAGAAGCCUUUCUCAUGUGCGACCUGUGGAAAGAGCUUCAAAUGCCAAUCAUAUUUCCGUCGUCACAUGAAGAUUCACACAGAUGAGAGACCUUUCUCGUGUGUGACCUGUGGAAAAAGCUUUAAAAUAAAAAAUGUCUUGCUUUGUCACAUGAGAAUUCACACAGGUGAAAAGCCUUUCUCAUGUGCAACCUGUGGAAAGAGCUUCAAACGCCAAUCAAAUUUCCGUUGUCACAUGAAGAUUCACACAGAUGAGAAGCCUUUCUCAUGUCCGACCUGUGGAAAGAGCUUCAAAUGCCAAUCAUAUUUCUGUCGUCACAUGAAGAUCCACACAGGUGAGAAACCUUUCUCAUGUGUGACCUGUGGAAAUGGCUUCCAAAAAAAAUACGAUUUGCUCCAACAUAUGAAUAUUCACACAGGUGAGAAACCUUUCUCAUGUGUGACAUGUGGAAAACGUUUCAGAAUCAAAAGUAUUUUAGUUGGUCACAUGAGAAUUCACACUGGUGAGAAGCCUUUCUCAUGUGUGACCUGUGCAAAAAGCUUCAAAUUCAAAUCUGAUUUGCACCGCCACAUGAAGAUUCACACAAGUGAGAAGCCUUUCUCAUGUGCGACCUGUGGAAAGAGCUUCAAAUGCCAAUCAUCUUUCCGUUGUCACAUGAAGAUUCACACAGAUGAGAAACCUUUCUCAUGUGUGACCUGUGGAAAAAGCUUCAAAUGCCAAAGAUAUUUUCGUGGUCACAUGAAGAUUCACACAGCUGAGAAACCUUUCUCAUGUGUGACCUGUGGAAAUGGCUUCCAAAAAAAUAUGAUUUGCUCCAACAUAUGAAUAUUCACACAGAUGAGAAACCUUUCACAUGUGUGACCUGUGGAAAAAGCUUCAAAUGCCAAAGAUAUUUUCGUGUUCACAUGAAGAUUCACACUAAUGAGAAACCUUUCUCAUGUGUGACAUGUGGAAGACGUUUCAGAACCAAAAGUAUGUUAGUUUGUCACAUGAGAAUUCACACUGGUGAGAAGCCUUUCUCAUGUCAGAGUUGUGAAAACAAAUUUAGCAGGAGAGAAUCUUUAACAUCUCACAUGAUAAGUCAUACCGAUGCGAGGUCUUUCAUUUGUGGGACUUGUGGAAAAAGUUUCUGUUAUAGGAGUGGUUUAUUUGGUCACAUGAAGACUCAUACAGGAGGAACAGCAUAAUCUGACCAUCAGUCAAUCAAUCAAUCGAUCAAAUUUUAUUUGUAAAGCACAUUUCAGCAGAGUAAUUACGGCUGGGUAACAUUUCUAUAAUGUAGCAGCUUGGAGAAGAAAAAUAAAUAAAACACCAAACUUUCAUUUUAUUCUGUCAGUUUUGCCCUUUCAUGUAAAAUGUUUUUAAGUGAAAUAUUAAUAUACUUUUUCAUUUUUUUCCCCUGAAUUUCUGAUUCAGGAAGAAAAUACUGUUCUCUGUAUGAUGGGAACAAUACAGAUGUUGCUGAAUUUUCUAAGUUAAAGGAAACCUGAUGUUUUCCCUUUUUUUUGCUAAUACAGCUGCAUUGACUUUAUUGUUGUUAAUUUUAUUCUAUA